AUGGAAUAUUCCGAUAGAAGUCAAAAUCCAUUUUUUUCAUCAUCUGCGACAUUUGAGUCUGAUGAUUUAUGUUCACCAAAAAUCGAAUUAAAUAUUAAUGAUGAUCAUUCUCCUUCCACACCAUCAAGUUCACCAGUACUUUCAGAUUCCUUAGAAUCCUUUUCGUCAACUCCAACUUCGGAUUUCUCGUCAUCAUUUGAUCGUAUCACAGAUAUUAUUGAAGUAGAUUUUCCAAGAGACUUAUCGAUACCAAUGUUUUAUCAAUUACUUAGUCAGAUGAAUACAAUUGGUGUACAAAUAUUUAAACAAUGUACAAUUCUCAAAUUUGUCAGUUUUGCUGAAUGGAAUAAUUGUCAUCUUAAUAAUAACUUUAUUAGUAAUAAUUUUAGCAACACGAAUGAAAAUUCUUCUGGAAAUAAGAUAUAUUUAUGGGAAUUGAUGGAUCAUAUUAAUAACGAUAAUAAUAAUCAUUAUAAUUAUUGUCUACAACGUCAACAUCAAUUCGAAAAUUCACUUCCAGCAGCUUCCACUUCAUCGUCAUCAAAGUAUAAUAAUUUGGAGAUGAUUGGAUAUGGUAAUUAUUUGUCAUGCCAGAGCGAAUUGUUUUCAAAGAUAUUUUAUCAUAUUUCAUCAUCAAUAUUCCAUUGUCCAAUUCGGUCCAACAAAUAUUAUUUAACAAGAGUCACAAUUCCAAUUCCAUCAAUUUCCACCAUUGAACUAAUAAUCAAUUGGUUGUAUACUCAUAACGAUCAAAUCUGGUUAUCGGCCAUGAAUAAAAAUAAUUUCGAAGAGAUUUGUAAGAAUGUCAUUUUCCUUGGAUUAGGAGAUGAGGCAUUGAAAGUAUUAGAAAUCUUUCUAAGGUGUUUACAAACCUUAGCAAAUUUUUUACGUGAAUUAAAGUGUAUUUCAAAUAUGAAUUCAGAAGAAUCACAUAAUAAUGAUACUGAAAUAAUAAAUAUAUGUGAUAAAUUGAUAUCUAUUGAUAGUCUUAGAGAGAAAAGAUUUCAAGAUUUACGAUCAAAAGUAAAAUAA